CGAACGUUUAAAACUCCAGUCACAGACUGAACGCUUCUACGGGAACGGUGAUCUCUUGGAGCUCACCUGGUCCGAUCGCCAAGCCGCUCUGGCUCUCGCGCUCACCUGGAACUGAUCUCUACCGCUCUGCGUCUCUCGCAGCUACUUCCACGCCCACCGAACCGGCUAACCGUUUGCCGGCUGAAUUAAUGAACGAAUUAAAGUUUGCGUGACGACAUGAAGCGGACUCUGGACGGGAUGGGACGACAAAGACGCCACAUCGUCGUCAUCACCAGCAUUGCCACCGUCACCGCCACCGAGUUGGAGGCAGGCGGCUGCCAUUCAGACAGCCGAACAACACAGCGUCAGGGCCAGCCAAGGAGCAAAUGUCGUGCCAAACAAAUACCUCAAGCGAUCUGUUGGGGAUCGUUGGGACAGGGAGCGAGGGAACUGGUUUUUGGCGGCUACGCGAAGUCCAGCAAAAACGAGCAAAAAAGGGGUCUCCAAUUGAGUCGCAACGAAGCGGGGAACACCUUAGAAAAAACAAUAAACGGAUGACGACGGCGACCUGGAUGAGGAUGAUGGGCUGUCAGCCAAGUGGAACGUUAUGUGUAUCUUGCCAACAUGCAUUAUUUGCUGGAUUGCAUUUCUGGCAUUGUCUGAGAAGAAAGUGAAUUGUAAAUUGACUUGCAUCUGAUCGAAAUAAAGCGAAACGGAUGUGAAA